ACAAAAUAAUAUUUCCGGACAUCAUUACUUAUUUUUUAGUAGUUGUUGAAGGUUCAACAAAUUAUAUCAAAAUUCAAAAUUUUCCAUAGUCAACAGUUUAAGUACAUUUAAAGAAUGGCGUUGCAUUGGAGCCAAAACUACCAGGUCAUAAGGCAAAAUGAAUUUGAAAUGCCAUUGAGAGAUAAUCAGGAAUUUCAACAAAUUCAACAAAUUCAAUCAUUUGAACCAUUUCAACAAAUUCAACAAUAUCAUUCAAUUCAGAAGUUAACAAGACCAAGAGAUGCAUGGGUUGACUCACUGCGACAGCACACCCAGUCAUAUCGUUCCAAAUUUACAGAAACGCAAAAAAUGCGAAAAAAGCGUUUCAAUGUAAAUCAACAGAACGUAAAUUUACCGAAACCGAAUCUACCGAGAGUAAAUCAACCGAAAGCAAAUCAACCGAAGCAAAAUCCAGAUGAGCUUGUGACCCGCCACCUGAAAUUGACUCAAUUACGAAAUAGAUUAGGAAGAAGUCAGAAACAAUAUAACGAUGUACGACAAAAACACAAAAUUGUCCAGAAAACUGUAGAAAACGUUGUGCCGCGACAGGAAUCUCCAAUAGUACUUGAUAAAGACCUAUAUUCCUUUAAAAGAUUAAGUGCAGGUGAUAUAGUUACACAUAAAAACCCACAGAGAAUCCGAAAGCAUAUAAGAGGUCAUAAAUCACAACGAGUAAACAGUUUGAGUACAUCACAAAUUCUGAAUAAACACUUUCAAAACAAAAUUAUACAAUAUUUGCGUUUGCGUUCCAAACAGGCUCGAGAAUGCCCUAAAGACAAUAGUGCUUUAGAGUGUAUCCACGAAAAGCCAACAUUGGAUAAUUUACCGGUCACAACUCAUAGGUCAAUGUUUAAUCAACAUCGUAACCUACAAGACACAUAUGCACGAAAUCCACCAACACAUCUACGGAAGACUAAAGUUAAUCGCACUCCUAAUAGACCUUUGAGCCUGCAGAGUAUAUCAACUCCAACUGAAGAAUAUGACGUGGAGGUAAUUGUAGAUAGCAUAAGUUUUAAUUGUCGUAGCUCAGUAUUGACAAGAUUUUCCGAAUACUUUGCUAAAGAAUUAGCAGAACCAAAGUUAACCGUAUUUUUACCAGAGGGUUCAGUAAGGCCAGGUGUGUUUGCAACUAUUUACAAUUGGAUGCUCUCAACACAGCCAUUGUUGCAACAUGUUGAUAUUUGGGAAUUACUGCGUGCUACUAACUUCCUACGUAUACGACAAUUAGUUGACCAAUGUAUAUCCCGACUUGAAAUUCUAGGUAAUCGCGUUUACCUGAAGGCUUGUGCUCGACAACUACACAAAAGCGAAGAGUAUCUAUUAAAACGCAUAUGUGAGGCUUACUACAACUUGGAGUCUAUGCAACAACCUGCAAAUUUUUCAAUUGAAGAGCUAGAACAGUUUUUAAAGAAUCGGAAAGACGGGUCAGAAAUACUGAAGCUAAUGGUUAGUGCACGGUGGUUAAAUCACAAAUGGUCAGAUCGAAAAAUAUACAUUCCAUUGUUGAUGCACACACUUAACUUUACCCGAAUGCCACCCUGGUUUUUAACAACACUAAGAAAAAACCUUCACUGUCCUCAACUCAAAAAUGUUAUGCGUCAAAAGGAAUUAUGGCUUCAGCUAAACGACGCCAUGUUUCAUAAAAGUGAAAUGUAUCUUAAACCACCGAGGUCUAUCAGAAGCGAACCCGGUUCCGGGAUGUUAGGAAAUUUUUUUGCUAAAUCGAAGGUGGGACUAAACAAGUAAUAAAUUAAUUUGACCUGUAUUUUAAAACUUAUGUCUAAAUGCCGUACUUAACUGUUGUCUCUAUUUUGUAUACUAAUUUUGAAUUUUAAUAAUAUGCAUAACAUAUAAAAAACUAAGCACGA